AUGGAGACCGGAAAUAGCAGCAACAACAACAAUGCUCUGCCGAAGCAAGAGAGAGUAAAAGGCGAGUCAGAAAUGGCUGGAAACAUUUUGCUGUCCAAUCCAAAUUUGAAGAAACUGCAAGUUGACCAUCUAUAUCAUAUCGGGCUCGACAAUAGCGGCAAAGAUUUAGAAAAGCGGUUUGGAGACGUCCGUCUCGUAGUCGUCGGUGGUUGCGCGAAGAGAAUGACGGACUUCGUGAGAGUCCUUGUUGAGAAAAUGCGAUUGUGCGACGUUGAAGUCAACGAUGACGCUCUAGUCGACUUAUCAGAAGAGAGAGGACGAUACUGUUUGUUUAAAGUCAACCACGUUCUAGUUGCAAAUCACGGAAUGGGUGCCGGAUCUGUUUCAAUCCUCAUUCACGAGCUGCUCAAAUUAUUGUCAUACGCGAAAGCGAAAAAUGUGAGCUUCGUUCGAAUGGGUACAUGCGGAGGGCUCGACGUCGAACCCGGAACUAUUUGUCUGACUGACUCUGCUAUGGGCCCAGAUGGCGAACGUGGCUAUGAGUUCUUUCAAUGUGGGAAAAAAAUCAGAUAUCCCGCAAAUGCGAACCGAGAGUUGAACGAGCUUCUUGCGAGCACUUGUGCAAAAUUCAAUCGGACCUACAAGAUCGGAAACACAGUAACUUCUCCUGACUUUUACGAAUCUCAAGGGAGGCUGGAUGGAGCAUUUUGCGAGUAUUCCGAAGCAGCGAAAUUAGGCUGGCUUGCAGACUUAUCCGAGAACAGAGGAGCAAUUAAUUGCGAAAUGGAAGCAGCGAUAUUUCUUUCGCUCUGCCAGCGCGCGGGUGUGUCUGCGGCCGUUGCUUGUGUUGCGCUACUAAACAGACUUCACGGAGAUCAAGUAACAACUGAAGGAGCAGCUGAAGGAGCAAUCGCCGUCAAGGCUUUACGCGAAAUUCUACUCGAUAUUUGCCUAUCCAACUGA